AUAGAUAAUAAGCCUUAGCUUAAUCAAGUUGUGACAAACUUGAGUGAGAAGAAAAUGGCUUACUCUAAAACACAAAGCUUUUCACUUGUUCUUGUUCUCCUUACUCUUUCUCAAUUCUUUCACCAACAUCCUCAUCUUGUCAAAGCAGACACGAAACUGAUCGAAAACCUCUGCCACGCUACCGAAGUUCCAGACACCUGCAUUCAGUGUCUCCAAUCCGAUCCCUACGCUGAAUUCGCCACUGACAUAGAACUCGCUAUUAUCAUGAUGACCUGCAUAAGAAACCAUGCUGAUACCUUGCAAGUUAACAUGGAAGACACUGCUAACAACUCCAAAAUCAAGUCUACAAAAAGUGUUUACAAUGGUUGUGUUAAGGCAUAUAUGGGUGCAAAGAAAGAUCUUAAUACAGCUACAGAGCAUUUGCAGAAUUAUGAGUUUGAUAAGGCUGAGAAAUAUGUGGAUCAAGCUAUGGUUAAACAUCUUGUAUGUUGUGGUGACAUUCAGAACAAUAAAAACAUCACUAUCUCAACUGAAGUGGCUUAUGAGAUGAAAAUUUAUGAAGAGCUAUGCUUUUCUUCAGAGAGAAUAAUUGAGAGACUCUAGUAUAUAUAAUUAUGUAAUUACUAAUAUUAGUACUUGUCAUAAUUCAGAUGUGUAGUUGCAUUAUAUAAUUUUGACAAGAUUGAAAUAAAAUGUUGGGUGUAUUUUUUUUU